AUAAACAUCGUGCCGUUAACGGUUGGCUGCCAGAGCAGCAGCAGCAGCGGCAGCAAGAGCGCGAGCGCACGAGAGCUUCACUUCCGACUCGGAGAGCUCGCAGUAAAGCAGAAGCGCAGCGGAAUCAUGGCGGAGGGCGAUAAUAAAAGCGCUAAUUUAUUGGCUCAGGAGACGUCUCAGCUGGAGGAGCAGCUGCAGGGAUGGGGCGAGGUCAUCUUAGCCGGGGAUCAGUUCCUGCGCUGGGAGAAGCCCUGGUUCCCCGCCGCGCUGGUGGGCAGCACCACCGCGCUCUUCCUACUCAUCUACUACCUGGACCCGUCCGUGCUGACCGGACUGUCCUGCACCGUCAUGGUUCUGUGUCUGGCUGAUUACCUCGUGCCCACGCUCGCCCCGCGCAUCUUCGGCUCCAACAAAUGGACCACGGAGCAGCAGCAGCGCUUCCAUCAGAUCUGUGGGAACCUGGUGAAGACGCAGCGGCGUGUGCUCGGCUGGUGGAAACGCCUGUUUGCCCUCAAGGAGGAGAAACCCAAGAUGUACUUCCUGUCGGUGAUCAGCACUCUGGUGGUCGUGGCCUGGAUCGGACAGCAGGUCCAUAACCUCGUCCUGACCUACCUGAUCGUGAACUUCCUCCUGCUGCUGCCCGGCCUGAACCAGCACGGCAUCAUCACCAAGUACGCCGGCAUGGUGAAGCGGGAGGUCAACAAACUGCUCAAGCAGAAGGAGAAGAAGAACGAGUGAAAAGAAAAGUGAUGAUGAUGAGAAUGAUGUUGAUGAUGAUGAGAAUUGAGUAGGAGUAAUGAAAGUUCAAUUUGCACCCCCAAGUAGCAUUUAAACAGUAACUCAGACCACUAAAGUACUUCAGGCAAUGCAAAAUAAAUAUAUAAAUAUAAUGAAAUAUAAGUUAGGUUUAGGCUUAAACACGAGCGCAUUGAUUUCUCCCCCAUUUCACCCUGAAUAUAUCGAUCACAUCUAUAUGUUUAUGGUGUAAAAGUGCUUAAAACCCGUACGCCGCUUUAAAGCCGUUAUCUUUUUAUAGAGCGUUAAAGCUAAGCAUACAACUGAAACAUAGAUGUAGUUGUUUUUGAAAGCUAGAUGGCUUGAGAAAGUGAGCAGAAAUCGCACUGGGGAGUGUUUUGGGUUUUUUUUUUUUUUUCUUGUUUGUUUGUUUCUUUGUUGGUUUGUUUCUUGUGUUUUUGGUUUUUGUUUGUAUUUUUUUUUUUUUUUUUUGAAAACUGCACUGAAACCACCCCAGGAGAAACUGGAGCGUUGUGAAGCUGUGCGUCGGUGCCCCGAGACCUCACGCCUGCCCGAGGGCUGCGGAGUCGUACUGCUGUGUUUCUCUCUCUCUCUCUCUCUCUCUCCCUCCUUCACGCCUGCCCGAGGGUCACCGCUGUAAAUACAUACGUGUCCUCUUUCCAUCUCCGUGUCUGUGUCUUACGUCCAUGUACACGUGUGUGAACUUUCCCUCCGGCUUAUCGGGAAGCCGUGACGUGUCUGUCUGCAUUUCAGCCUCUCUUUUCAGUUCAAUACAUUAAUUAAAAAAAUAAGAAGAAGAAUAAUAAUAAAGAACUGCUCUGA